AUGUCACGCCGGAAGCAGAAACGACCCCAGCAUCUCGUUAACGCGGAUCCGGGGGGCCCAAAGCUGCUAUCUCACGAUGAUCACCUGGGCAUGAAAUCACCGUCCACAUCACUUGGCUCAGAAGUGACCUCAUCAGGGUCCUCCUCCUCCUCAUCCCCCACCUCUCUCCAAGACUGCCAGCCGCCUCUGGCCCCUCGCCCAUCCCCUGGUGGGCACCACGCGCCCUCCUUGCCCAGCGAGAGCUCACCUCCCCCUCACUGGCCCAGCCACAUCGCCCCCUUCACCACCUCCUUACCCAACACCCACUCUUCCCUCUCUCCAGACUUUCCCCACCCCUCACUGUCAUCCCAGACCCACUCACCUCCUCCCUUGGGUCAAACCUCAGGUUCUCACAGCCUGUCCCACCAAGGAAACUCUCACUCCACCAUGACCUCGCCACCGAUGGGCAGCUCGGCCACCACCACUACCUCCUCCUCCUCUUCCUCUUCCUCGUCUUCUCAGUGUGUGCAGCCUCACCGCGAGAGCUCCAGUCCAGGUCAGCAGCAGGCCUCCAGCUCUCCAGGGCAGCAGGGACAGAUCCAGGUGCCACCGACCCUGGCAGUACUCCUAGAGGAGCUGAGGGUUUUACAACAGAGGCAAAUCCACCAGAUGCAGAUUACAGAGGAGAUUUGUAGGCAUGUUCUGAGGCUUGGGGGGGCUGUCUUUGGCCAAGAAAAUAAUACACAGGCCAGUGGUGCAGACAGCAACCAGAAGUCUACAGGAGCAGCAUCUUCAUCACCAACACACCCCUCCACCGCCACGCCAGUAACCACAACCUCCUCGCUUUUGACUGGCCUUCCAUCCUCUCUCUUCCCCCAGCCAUCCAUCUCCAAAUCAGGUGCUUCACAUGUCAAUGGCAGCAGACCUACAUCCUCCUGUACCUCUUCCUCAUUAUCUUCCUCAUCUACGUCAUCCACUAUCAGCUCCUCUGUUGCCUCCCUGCACCCUCUGUCCUUGUCAUUGGGUCUGCCGCCACGCUACCUCCAUGAGAAAUCAUCCAACACCUCCUCAUUUGGUCACAGUAAUGGUAUCGGAUUUGCGACUCCCCCCCUUCCUACCACAAGCCAUUCCCAGGAUCUCCAGCCCAGUUCCUCCCUGGGAUCUGCCUCCUCAUCAGGGCGCCCUCAGCAUGUGUGCCGCUUUUGUGGGAAGGUGUUGAGCAGUGAUUCGUCACUCCAGAUCCAUCUGAGGUCACAUACAGGUGAAAGGCCCUACCAGUGUCCAGUGUGCUUGAGCCGAUUUACAACCAGAGGGAACCUCAAAGCCCACUUCCUGAGACACAGAGAGCAGAACCCAGAGCUGUCCCUCUCCCUGCUGCCCCCAGCACUGUCAGAGCAAACACAGAGUGGCUCUGCCCCUGGUGCCAUCCAGAGAAGGAGAAAACGGCGGGCUGAUGAUGACGAGCAAUUUAAUGGAGUGAAAGGUAGCAUUCCCGGGAUGACAGAGAACAUGGCUUUAGGAUUCCUCUCUGGCACAUCCACUCGGCCCUCGCCUUCUUCUCUACCUCUGCCCCCCUCAGUGGAUAUGGCAUUGCUCUCCACAGCCCAUUCACUACUGCAGCUGAACAGAGCCUCGGCCGCAGCUGCUGCCAGCGCAUCUAGCACUGUGCUGCCUUCUUCCUCUUCAGCCUCCUCGUCCUCCUCCAUGGGCAGUCAGUUCAAAGGAGCAAAGCAGCAGCGAUUUGAUGAAAACACACCUCCUCACUCCGCCCUCCAUACAACCUCCCCAUACUCUCAGCUGGCCCACCUCCCCAAGAUUCUCUUCCCUGGAGGUGCCUCCCCCCACCACCUUGCACUUCUCCGGCCCCCAGGCCACCCAUCCACCUCCCACCUCACUUCGCCUCAUCAGCUACCCUUUCCCUUUCCGCCUUUCCCCAAACCAUCAACCUCUUCCCCCUCUUCAUCCUCUCCGACCACCUCUACCCAGACCUCAGACACCUCCAAGUUGCAGCGCCUCGUACAGAAGCUUGAAAAGCAGCCUCAUGGAGGUGCCUCUUCUUCCUCCACCUCCUCGCAAACCCCUGCAGAAGCCAAUGGAGAAACACACGGCCACGACCUGACCACCACCUCCAGUGCCUAUCGCAGGGAAAUGUUGGCUGCUCUCGGCCUGAGCCCAAGUGCCAAUGCUGCUGGACUAGUGACCAGUCAGGGAGUCUCAGGUUCUGGCACAACAACUACCGCAACUACCCCUUCUCUGCCUACUGCCCAGGCUGCUAAUCAGUGUGGAGUGUGUCUGCGUGUCCUCAGCUGCCCCAGAGCUCUGCGUUUGCACCAGGCCACACAUCUGGGAGAGCGCCCGUUCCCUUGUAAGCUGUGUGGUCGUUCCUUCUCCACGAAGGGCAGCCUUAGGGCCCACCUGGCUACUCACCGUGCAAGACCGGCCAACUCCCGUGCCUUGAACUCCUGCCCGUUGUGCCCACGCAAGUUCACCAAUGCCUUGGUUCUCCAGCAUCAUAUCCGCUUGCACCUAGGAGGGCAAAUACCACCUGAUGAAGACAUGCCGACUGAAGAUGGAUCUGAAACACAAAAUGCCGUCUUUGAUGAUGCAGAAAAUGACUCCAUAGGCUCCCCAUCUAACACCCAACAACUCCUUCCUCUGGCCUUAACAACAAACUCCAAGUCUCUCAUGGAUGCUCUCAACUCAGGGUCCAGUUCUAAGCAAUCAACAACUGCUGAUGCCACAUCUGUGAAAACGGAGGAAUCAGAGGGCUCAACACCCAGUGUUAGCCCACCCCUGACCCGUAAUCCCCCCUCAGUGGGAGUUGAGGACCCCCUGCAUCUGGGAGACGACACCCUAGCUGAUGCUAGCCCCAUGAACUCUGAAGAGGAGACCCACGCUGGCCUGGGCAGUGCCAGCCCUUUUAAAGCACCCAUAGCUAGUUCUCAUUCAGCUGUAGUGAAUGGAGACGCAGAGGCAGAUGACACCCCUCUUUCCCUCUGUGUUUCAAAGCCUGGAGUAGAAAAUGAUAUGCCCCAUAGAGCUGUUAAUAUUGAUGAACCCUGCUCUACAGACAAACCCACCACAAGUCCUGAUUCUAACCCCAAACCCACAGCUGCAAAUCCCUCACCUGCCCUAACCCCACCUACUAGCCCCAAAGUUAAACCUGAAGCAACAGAGGCCUGUGGCAGUGCACCACAGGAGGCACAAGAGAGAGAUGCUGCCCAAAGCAAAGACAAGAGCGAGACCACCACACCCAGAGAGCCGUUACCAGCGGUGGAUCCAGAGCUGGAGAAGGACACUCCAGUGGAGGAGGGUCAGAGCGUGCCAGAAAAGCAUUCAGAGGACCCAGAACCCUCUGUACCAGCACCAACACAGCAAACACAGCCUUCUCGCCCAGACAAACCCUACAGCUGCUCCCAGUGUGGAAAGGCAUACGCCAGCCGUAGCGGACUUAAGGGCCAUAUGAAAACUCACCCAGGAGCACUGGCCAGUACCCCCUCUAAGGCUCAAACCAAUGACAAUGACGUUGCAGAGGAUCGCAGUUCACAUUCAGCCAGUAAGAAUGCUGGACCGCAGGACGAAAAGCAGGGUUUGGCUAAAUCCCCCGAGAAAAGUGACAACACAGAUCCUCCACCAAUCAGUGUUGUUUCUAGUGUGGCGGACGAGCCUAUGGACACUACUGUGUAG